UUGAGUUCUUUUUAUUAAUAAUUAUCGAACCAAUAGAUGGCAUUCUAUUUCGUAUUUCGGAUCGAUAAAAAUCGUUUAUGCAACAGACAGUAUAUUUAGAGAACACAUUUCUGUAUUAUACAUUUUACUAUUAACGAUACAUUAACUAAUUAAUUAACGUUUAUGCAACUCACUCUCACACUGUUGGCUGGAUCAUAAUGUAUAGUACUUAGUACGCUGUCGGGCAUCGGUCAAUGCACUCAGACGGUGACGGUAGAUGAUAGCUAAAACGGCCAAGUGUAAUCGAAUCGUUUGACCACAUCCACCACUAUUAUCACAUAACUCUCAUUUUUAAAGUCAUGUCAAAUCAAUCACCAUCCACAUCAGACAUGACUAAUUGUUCAGAGACGGGCAACAACAAUCUCAUUGGCUGUAAGCCAAUUGAAACAUUCAAAUGGACUUUAAGACUUGAGAAAUGUUUGCUACGAAACAUGGCGGGUCUGAAGCCUAGUGGAAUUAACAAACACUUGAGUAUGCUUCUACUAAAAAAAAAAAUGUAUAAAGAAUUAAAACUUAAUAUACCAAUUAAAGUUCUAUGGAAUUAUAUGUCAACUAAAUGGGAUAUUAGAGCUGCUGAUUGUAUAGAAAGUAUACAUUUUGAUACUAGUGAGAAGGACUUUGUUUUACCAGAAGAUUUUGACCAGUUGAUUGAUGAAGAAGGAGAAAAAAUUAAAAAUCUAAAUAAAGAAUGUUUAAAUGAUGAAAUUAAUGAGAGGAAAUUAUUAUAUUGGAGUGGUACAACAAGAUCUAAGUCCAAUUCUAUGUCUUCUGUAGAUUCCAAGGAAGAUCUCAAUGAGAUAAUUCCUUCAACAUUAUUACAAAGCUCUCCAGCUAAAACAAAUGAAGUUGGGUCAGAUGAUGGUUCAUGUACUAGAAGAUCUAUGAGUACAAAUGACGAACUUGAAAAUAGUAAAUCUGAUGAAAAAAACAAGUUAAAACAUUUGAAACACUUUAAUAUAAAAACAUCAAAUAAAUCCAAAAGUAUGGAUAAGAUUGAAGUCAAAGCUAAAAUACGUAAUAGAGUAACAUCCGAUCUAUUAGUUGUUCAACAAUCUCUAGAUAAUAUGCAAUCAUUAGGCAAACGCUCUUGUAGCAAAAAAAAUUCAUAAAAUUUAAAAAUGACAAAUGACACUCAAAUUACCUUUUUAAUAUUAUAGUAUUAUACAUUUAAAAAUAAAUAUUCA